AAACAAAUAUUUUGCAAACAUAGCAAAAAACUUUUAAAAAAAUAUGUUUUUGAAAGACUUUAUAAGUUAAAGACACCUACGAAUUUAACGUCAUGGUUUGACAGAAUAGUUUUGAAUUGCUGCUGUAAGCUGUCAUUCGUGUCAACAGAAUAUUUCACUGUGUGUGAAUAACAUCAAGCCAUGGGAGAGUUAGGUUUGUUCCACAACAAUACAGUAGUGUUAGAACUGCCAUCAUCAAUGUCAUUCAAGGAGAAAAUGUCUUGGAAGAAAAAAAUUACUGCAAAUGGAGGAACUCUGUCAUAUAUUGUAACUAAAAAGGUAUCAUUUGUUGUUGUGUUUGAAGACGUAGUUGAGAAGUCAAGUUACAAGAUCCGACAAUGUCAGAAAUAUCACAUUCCAUUGGUUCAGAACCUGUACAUUGAUGACUGCAUGUCACAGAAUAAACUUCUUACCAAAGAUAAAUUUAUAGUCAGCGGAUUACCAGAAAAUGAUAAUUUCAAGAAAGGAAAGAUAGUUGGUAAAAAUCCACAAGGUUUGAUCAAAAGAAAAAAGAAAAAGGUACAAGUUAACCUGAAUAACAUGAAAGGUUGGACAUAUACAGAUCCAGGGACCCCUUAUGAUCCAGAUAUUCCUUAUGUCCUUGCUAAAUGGACUUUACUCAAGAACAAAAAUAAAGUACAGAUAUUGGAGAUCCAUGUAUUAACUGAUGAAGAUGUGUUUAGACUUCACAGCCAGGCAGGGUCUUUUGAUGAACAGAAGAAUAUAGUAAGUACAUCAGAUCCUACCGUUUGGUAUUUAGACACAGCAGCUGAAGGAUUGAGUGGGUACGAACAGCUAUAUCACAGGUACACUACAGCACCAUACAGCAUGUUACCAUGGAUACAGCCUGCUUUCUCCAGUAAUAAACUAGGGUCACCAAGAGCCAGAAUGAUAUUGUCAGAACUAUGUAACACAUCAAUAGAGUUAUCUGAACCUGUUGGACAGCUGGUAGAACUGAUCUGGUCUGAUGCACUAAAAAAUGCAGAGAAAGAGUUAUCUUCCCCUCCCCAGCUAACUAAGCUAUCUAAGGUGGAGGAAGCAGAAGCAGUGCUGUAUCAGUUAAAGGAGUUGUAUAAAACAAGAAGUGGUGAUAGUGAGAAAUGUUCGAAACUGACGAAAGAGUUUUACAAAGCUCUACCUCAUAACAGGUUGGACAGGAAGGAAAAAUUCAGUGUAUCAGAUAUAUCAGCUAAACAAGACCUUUGUCAGCUUAUUAGAGAUAUUAUCAGUGUUGGAGAAGCCACAGAUUGGUCUGAUGAGGCUACAACUGUUGCCAAAUAUAAAGCUUUGAAAUGCCAUGUGACACAGCUUGAUCCAUCCACUGAUGAAUUUGAUCAUGUGACGAAAUUAGUUAGAUCAACUUCAGAAAAAGCAGAACUCCUGAAUGUAUACAAGUUAGAGAGGACAUUGGAGGAUCUGUGUUUCCAAUCAGAAGUUGGCAAUAUACAGUUACUCAUGCAUUCGUCUGGGUUCCACAACUUCCUUGGAAUUCUUUCAAGAGGAUUGCUGAUGCCAAACUUUGUAGAAGAUGAACAUGGUAUAACACGAACUGAUGAUGGGUUGUUGGGGAGUGGUAUAUACUUCUCUGAUACUGCUAGCAAAUCAUUGAUGUAUUCAGGGCCCAGUACUACACAUGGAUCAAGGUUGUUGUUACUUUGUGAUGUUAGCUUGGGUAAAGUCAAGGACUGCAAAAGAAUAGAUAAUUCUCUUAUGGAGCCUCCAUCUGGGUAUGAUAGUGUACAUGGUGUCAAAUCUUCUUCUGAUAGUGAACCAACAGACUUUAUUGAUGAUGAAUAUGUUAUCUAUAACCCACGGCAACAGAAAAUGAAAUAUUUAGUUCAACUGUGUCUUCCUGAGGAUACUGUGACCCCAUUAACUGAUAUGACAUUGACCUUGAGGUCAGAAGAAAACACAGAUCAGGACAUUUCUGAAGAAAUAAAUUUGAAAGACGUGAAGGAUGUACCUGAUCCUUUAAACAAAGUUACUGCAGGGUUGAUUGGAAAAGGGAAAAAAUCAGUUCCACUCAAAUCUGUUCAUAUUAGAGCUCAUCUUUUGGACUUAGUAGCAAAGGUUGUUAUAUUACAAGAAUACAAGAAUGACAACAAUGUUCCUAUUGAAGCCAAAUAUGUCUUCCCACUAGACGAUACAGCUGCUGUGUGUGGUUUUGAAGCAUUCAUCAAUGGAAAACAUGUCAUAGGGGAAGUAAAAGAAAAAGAAACAGCUCACAAGGAAUACAAAGAGGCCAUAAGUAAAGGACAUGGGGCAUACCUAAUGGAUGAAGAGGAACCAGAUGUGUUUACUGUAAGUGUAGGAAAUCUACCUCCACAAGCGAGAGUUUUGAUCAAGAUAACAUACAUAUCAGAAUUACAGACAGAGAAUGAAGCUAUAGCAUUUAAUUUACCAGCGUCAGUAGCACCAUGGAUACAAGAUACAGCUCUGGCUCAGAAAACACAGUCUGAGCUAACAUCUUUGAAGGUCAAGGACACUGGAAGAUGUGAUCUGUCUUUACAAGUUGCCAUGGAAAUGCCCUUUGAUAUUAGAAAUGUUAAAUCACCAACACACAGAAUUAAAGUCAAGACAACAGCCACCAAGGCAGUAGUGGAGUUACCUAAAAAUAACCAGUUAGAUGAUGGUUUUCAGCUAUUGGUUACCAUGGCGGAAAUACAUGUUCCUCGAAUGUGGGUAGAGAAUCAUCCUAACAAGGACAGUCAGGCUUGCAUGCUGACAUUUUAUCCAGAGUUUGAUGCAGAUUUUGAUCCACAACAGGAAGUAGUUUAUUUAUUAGAUAUGUCUAAUUCUAUGAAAGGUCAAGCAGGGCGGGAUGCUAAAAAGGUUUUCCUAUUGUCUUUGACAAAGUUACCAGACAAGUCCAGUUUCAAUGUGAUCUCGUUUGGUACAACAUUUAAAGAGCUAUUUCCAUCACCACAACUCAAAACGAAAGAUGCAGUACAAAAAGCUACAAACUUUAUACAGUCAACUGAAUGUGACCAAGGAGGAACAGUUGUCGUAACCUUGUUACAGUCCUUGUUCUUACUCAGUCCACCAGAGGGCAGUAGAAGUAUCAUUCUUAUAUCAGAUGGUCACAUGACCAGUGUUGAGGAAACCUUAUCACUGGUCAGAAAAAUGAGCUCUCAGAAUCGACUUUUCACUGCAGGAGUUGGUCCUGCAGUAAAUCAUCACUUAAUGAAGACACUAGCGACAUCUGGUGGAGGAACAAACCAAUAUUACAACAACAAAACUAAGUCUAAUUGGCAGUCAAAGAUUGAAGGCCAGACUGAGAGAGCUUGUCAACCAGGUGUUUCUGGGGUCAGCGUACAGUGGAUAUACUAUGCUAAACACAGUAAUAUAAUCCAGGCUCCAUGUAUAAUCCCAUCCCUGUUUAAUGGUACUCGGCAGGUAGUUUAUGGGUUUGUCCCAAAUUGUACACAGGCAAAGUUAAGUGCUUCAGUUGAUGGUAAUGAAUUCUGUACCAUGGUGUCAACCACAGAGCUGAAUAUGACCAAGGGCAAAAUGUUACAUCAGCUGACAGCUAGAGCCAUGAUCAGAGACUAUGAAGAUGGGGUUUUCUCCAGUAAUAAUACACAGGAUCAGGUCCAAAAAUUGGAGAAGAAAUCCUACAUCAUAGAUCUGAGCAAAGAAUACUCUAUAGUUACUCCCUAUACAAGCUUCAUAGCUGUGGAAGAGAGAGAAAAAGAUGAAGAAAAGACAGAUGGACCAUCAAUUGCUGAUUUGGUUGCCAAGGAGACUGUUGAUGUUUUGCCUUAUAUGGAUUGGCAGAAUGCAGACAUGUUUGAAGAGAAGGACCCUGUUGUGGCUAUUGAAGAAUUAUUACGUAAAGGAGCCAUUGCUGAGUCUUUUUCCCAGAUGGAGGCUGAGCGAUGUUACUCAUCAAUAUUAGACUAUGUUGAUGACUUGAAAAAAAAAGAAAAUGCAGAUUUGAAGUUUACUGUAAUGGAAAAUGUUGUAAAGUUUUGUCAGCAGAGUAGAAGUGAGAAUAGUAUGGACAUGAUGAAAACUUUCAAAGAUAUAUUUCCCGACACUAGAUGUUUGUAUGUGAAAACUCUGACAGGUAAAACUAUAGGAGUAGAUCUACUGGGCUCUGAUACAAUAGAACAAGUCAAGGCCAAGAUACAAGAUUUAGAAGGGAUCCCAAUAGAUCAACAGAGAUUGGUUUUUGAUGGAAAACAGCUAGAAGAUAGUCGUACAUUACAGGAUUACAGAAUAACAAAUGAAAGUGCAAUUCAUAUGGUGUUACGUUUAAGAGGAGGACCUGAUUCUCUUUUUACAACAGUUCAAUGUUCAGGAUCAGAACCACUUUCAUUGCCCGGUCCGACUCAGGAGCAACUACAACAAAAUUUGAAAACCAAGGUUCAGGAAAAACAACAAUUGUUCCAGUCUCAGUUUCAACAACUACAACAACAAAAGUUGCAGCAACAACAACAGUUAGAGCAACUGCGCAAAACACAACAGUUGGAGCAACACCAUCCCUUGUAUAAACUAUCCAGACCUGAUCCAUUACUUUUGUUGCAGUCCAAUAUUCAGCAACCACAGCAAAUGUUGCAGUCCAAUGUACAGCAACAACAGCAAAUGUUGCAGCCCCAGGUUCAGCAACAACAAAUGUUUCAGCCCCAGGUUCAGCAACAACAAAUGUUUCAGCCCCAGGUUCAGCAACAACAAAUGUUUCAGCCCCAGGUUCAGCAACAACAGCAAAUGUUGCAGCCCCAGGUUCAGCAACAACAGCAAAUGUAUCAGCCAUGGGUUCAGCAUCAACGACAACCAACUGCAGAUUGUGUCAAGUUUUUUAGUCCAUUGGCUGGACAGUCCUCAUUUCUUAAUACCAAAAGUAGUCCCACCACCAUUGAUGUUACACCACCAACAUUUCAGCAAACAAAUCAUUUUGGAUUAGAAACUUUAGGUAGUGUUACUGCUUUUGGAAGUGUGACACCUGCUGGUGGUUUCUCAAGGAGAUAUGAACCUUUAAAUCAAACAGGUUUUAGUUUUGGGAGCCAGGUUACAGCAACUAAUGAACUAUUUGGUCAACAGUCAAGCAGUGUUUGUGCACCUUUUAGUGGUUCAAAUUUUGAUAGUCUGCAAUCAUAUGGGAUGAUUCCUAACCAUGUAGAGACAACUCAAAAUAUUUAUAGUGGCGGUGGUGGUGGUGAAGUCGGUAGUGAUGGUGUUGGUGGUGGAGGUGGAAGUGGUUUCAGUUUUGGAUUUCAACAGCCACAGUUACAACAACCUUCAAUGGAGAGUUUUGACUCAAUUCAGUCUUCUAAUGCGGCAUGUGGGGGCUUAUUCGGGAGUGAGCCAGUAGGUGAAAGAGCUAAGGUUGGAAGACGACAAAAGCAAUCAGCCAGAAAGUCAACUGGUGGUAAAUGUCCUAGAAUACAGCUUAGUGGUAAACUAGCAUCCACGGAAGCUAUGAGAGAUGACCCAUCUGCCUCAUUUAUUCAGCAGGAUUUGAAUUCAAUUGAAAAAGAACAAAAUAAAAUUCCUUUACCUCAUAGAGCAGAUAGGUAUGGACCAAGGAAGAGUGCUCCUAUAGUGGAAGACAUUUCUAUACCAUUUACAUCUUCCGAGGAGGAAUCAUCAGGGGAAUCAUCUGCAAGUGAGGAGGAUUUUAAACAUAAGAAAUUAACCAAUGCCCAAAGUGGUGAAAUAAAUUUGUCUAAUGAGGAAUUUGCCAUGUGGUGGGCUCCAACCCUACAAUCAAAAGACAAAUACCAAAGUCCAGGAUUCUCUUUUAAUACAGCAGGGAAGUCCAUAGGAGGUUCUGCUCCAGCAAUUACAAAACCUAAAUCAGCUGUACUUGAUCAGACAAAGUCACUAGCAUUGGCAAAUAUUGAACUUUAUGGAAGUGAAAGACGCGAGCAAUUCAAAGCAACAGAAGUUCUUGACAAAGAGGAAUCUGAAUUAAAUGAAUGGUUAGCAGAACAGCUAGAACCUGACAAAGAUAGUAGUAAAACCAUAAUGCCUGCUAGAUCUGGUGACAAAGGUUCUGGAAUAUUAUUAGCUACUAAGGCUGCUAGGAAAAGUACCCCUACAACUGGAGAUGUAAUAACAACUAAGAGAACUAGGAGGAAAGUUUUUACCCAGUUAGCAACCAAGGCUGCAAGAAAAAGUGCUCCAGGAACAGGAGGUGAACCUUUGCCAGAGAACUGGAUUCCAGAUUCAGAAGGUUCGAGUGAGGAAGGAAGUAGUGAUGCAGAUGAUGAUGAUGAGGAGGAGGAGGAUGUUGAGGAGGAGGAGGAGGAAAAGGAAGAAAUUUGUGAGGAAGGGGUUGUUGAACCUGAUAGUGAUGAAGAAGACAAGAAUGAUGAACCAUCAGUGGGUGUUAAAAAACCUCAUAGGUAUAGACCUGCAACUGUGGCUCUGAGGGAAAUCAGGCGUUAUAAGAACGAUACAGGUAGAGAGGAGGAGAGGAGUAAGCUGGAUGACUUUCAAUGUGAAUUUCCAAGUCUUAUGCCACCAAAAGUUACAAUUGAUGAGGAACAGAUAAAACAGAUGGAGGCUGAGUAUUUUAGCAGUGCAUUACCUCCCUUGCCAUCAGAUGACAGUGAUUUAGAUAGCAAUCUUUCUGUUAAAGAAACUGAUGACACACCAAGGCACCUUUUGGAAAAUAAUAAAAUUUGGAGGCGUGAAAAAGGAAGAGAAAUGCACAGUUGUCCUCCACCUAUGGAGAAACAUAUCAUUAUAAAACUUCAAUCUUUAGGAAUUGACAGUAAUACUAUAAAAUUCCAUACAGUUACAAUGGAGUCUGAUAAAUAUAUAUGUGUCAGAGAAGACAACCAGCUGAUCAUAUUUAAUAUGGAUAAUGACGAACAUCCAUACAGAAAACCAGUACAGGCGGACUCCAGUAUUGUCAAUCCUAGAAAACAACAUAUUGUAGCAGUAAGAUGUGGCAAAACUAUACAGCUAUAUGAUUUACAUAACAAGUCAGAGAUAAAGACUUAUCAGAUGAAGGAAGAUGUCAAGUUUUGGACCUGGAUUUCUGCUGAUACAGUUGCCAUGGUGACAGAUAAAUCAGUUUAUCUGCAUAAUUUUUCAGAUGGUAGAGAACCAAAGAAAGUUUAUGACCAUAAUAGAACUUUGAACAACUGUCAGGUGGUUGGAUAUAAGAUGGACCCUGAUGGACACUGGUCAGCCUUAACAUGGAUAUUGAAACAGGAGGAUAGAGUGGUUGGUUUCACACAACUGUACUCCUUACAGAGUUGCAUCAAACGACUGUUUGACAGUCACACAGCGACCUUUACAAUGCUGACAGUGGAUAAUAAUCCAGAUCCCUCUAUGCUAUUGUUAUAUGCUGUAAGGGAGGACUAUGGGGGCAAGCUUCACAUACAAGAAGUAGGUCAACCCUGUCAUGGUAACCAGCCUUUUACAACUAGAAUUGUUGAUGUUGAUUUCACAGACAAAGAUGACUUUCCUAUUGCAAUAGAGGUUAACAUAAAGCAUAGGAUAGUUUUCCUGAUAACAAAAAUGGGUUAUGUACAUAUGUACAUGAUAGAAACAAGAAGACUUAUCUAUACAAUGAGGACAAGUGAUUCUACAGUGUUUGUUACAGCUCCUCACGAGAAAGGAUUUCUGGCUGUAAAUCAGGUUGGAUGGGUAAUGUCAGUUAACAUCAGAGAGGACAAGCUAAAAUCAUACCUACCAGAAAAGAUGACCAGUACUAUGGGACCAGCUAAAGAACAGUUCCUGAGUCAAUUUAAGGAAACUAAAAGAGAAAUAACAGAAAACAAAGAAAACAAAGACCCAUCAGACUUGGGAGGAAUAUGGCAAGGACUUGUCAGGGUGAAGAAGACAUUGUCAAUGGAUGUAUUACCUCCCUUAUAUGAGGGACAAUUUUACAAUUUGACACCAAAUCUGUGUAACAUGUUAGGAUUAUCAUACAGUAGAAUAUAUAACAUACUCAAGUUACAAGGACUUUAUUCCUUAGGUAUCAGUGUGCAGUUAUUAACAGAAAGAGUCCUUGCAGCAAUCUUUAUCUUUAUAUUCUUAAUAGAUGAAUAUGCAACCAUAGACAAGACUAUGAUCUCAGAUGUCAUGAUUACCCAUGAUGCAUCUGAUCAUGCCGUCAACUUUAGAAUUCUGUACAAAGGGAAAUCUCAAAAUGUGAAACUAAUAAAGAAAGAACUUGUUAUUGUUUAUAAGUGGUUGUUACAAAUGAAAAGGGAACACUCAAAUCUUGUCAGGGAUUUAGAACUUGGGAAAAGUGUGGAAGAUUUAAUACGUAAUUUGUAUUUUGCAUGUAAAAUUUAAAUGUAAAUCCCUGAAUUUAAAAUUAAAUGACAAGAAGAGUUUUAAGACAUGUGCAGUUAUGAUACAUGACAAUAAAAGCAUAUAGUUGGAAAAAAAAUUUGGAGUACAUUGCUGCAUUCUUAAGAUAAUUAACUUGAUAAAAUAAUUGUCUGAAUAUUUCAUUACCUUCUGUAUUCCUCAUGAUACAUUUAACCAUAACUUUUUUGAGUGAUUCGUAUUUAAUUCUGUGAUAUGUACAGUAGAUAUGUGAUAUAUAAUGUAUACAUUAAUCUUUUACUGUAAUAAAAACUUGUGUGAUAUGUGAUACCAUUAUUUAUACAUAAAUCUUUUAAAAAAAUAAACAAUUGAUUGAA